AUGAUAGUGUUGAUAAGCUUAGUUCUCCUCACUGGAGGUGGCCAUGCAGGUCUGUUUGAGCCAAAGGACAUGAGAUUUGAGGUUUUUCGGAACAGCACACGGGACCCCUCCAUUGUGGAGAUGACAGAGAAGGCCAUACAAAUCCUCAGCAAAAAUCCCAAGGGAUACUUCCUGUUUGUGGAAGAUGAGUAUUAUAUCAACAGGCGAAUCGAUCAUGGUCAUCACGAUGGCAUUGCCAAGCUGGCCCUGACAGAGGCUGUGAUGUUUGACCAAGCCAUUCAACGCGCUGCACAACUAACCAGAGAAUCUGAAACACUGACUGUGGUUACUGCUGACCACUCCCACGUCUUCACCUUUGGUGGUAAUACACCUCGAGGGAAUCCCAUCUUUGGUCUGGCACCAAAGAAAGCUGAUGACAGAAUGCCUUUCACCAGCAUCCUUUAUGCCAACGGCCCCGGUUAUGUCCACAUAAAUGGAACCAGAGGAAACAUCACAAUGGUGGAUUACUACGAUGAGGAGUACAUGCAGCAGGCUGCCGUCCCGUUGGAUGCUGAGACGCAUGGUGGCGAGGAUGUAGCCAUCUACGCCAGAGGCCCAAUGGCUCACCUUUUCCACGGGGUGAAAGAGCAGAACUACGUGGCACACGUCAUGGCCUACGCUGCCUGUUUGGCGCCCUACACAAACUGCCCUCCUCACCCCCACAAUCACACCUCAACUGGAUGUGUGAACACACCCUCGGGCUUCCUGUUUGGCUCACUUGGCCUCCUCUGGUUGUUCAGAUGACCCCCCAACAGACACAUGUCAAAACACACACUCACACAAAUACAUAGUAUGCAUGCAGCAAUACAGACACUAAAUGCACUAAAUAUUCAUACAAGCACACACAUUCACUGUACGCACACAGGCUGGCAAGUCAGAAUGCAGGGAUAAACAUAUACAGUACUGUAUGUGAUAAUGGAAAAAUACUCACAUAUUUGUGGAUUACUCAGUGUACAUCUGCGCAUGUAGUCUACCAUGCCUGCAAAAUGCAGGAUUAAACAUGCAUGUAGUAUCUCUUUUCAGGUGCAUAGUAACACACAGGCAGACCGGCAAAGAUUAUGAACAGAAUAUGCAAUAAUUAACAUUAAUUCACAAGCACGCAUUUCUUCAAGAAACACUCCAUGCAGUUGUUUCCAUCGCAGAGACAUCAGCACUUACAGUAUUUUACUAAGACUAUUUCAAACUUGUACUUGCAACAUGACUACUAAUUUGAACUAACUAGUUCUUUCAUUAGUUAGUUAGAUUUUUAUCCUGUUCAUAUUUUUUCAAGUUAAAUACAAUUUCUGCGGGCAAUUUGUGCUUUCUCAGAGCUAUCCAACACUUGCAAGGAGCUGUAAUUUACUAUUUACAGAUUAAUCUGAGGCUUUACCCAGAAUAACUUGAAACAAGCAAGCAGACUGAGGGUUCACUGUUCAGCUUGUGGACACUUAAACAGGACACACCACUGUUGAUGUACUUGGAAUAAAUGACUAUGUGACAGUAACAGAAACCUGAACUACAAGCCAUCAUGCCAUGCCGAGCAGCGACACCAACAGACCUUACAAGAACUCAACUCAUUAAGAUACUGUACUUCUUUUAGGAGUGGAAAACGUGUAGCUUUUAAAAAAUUUUAAGUUUGU